AUGUCAACUCUCCUCCAUCUCCUUGUCCGAUCAUCUAAUGAAACGGUAUCGGAAGAAGAUGAAUGUGCGGCUCUCAAAGGACCGACCUUUGACCCAAACAGUGAUGAAUAUACGGCUGUCAUGAUUGCGUGGUGUGUGACGAUUGGACUGGCAAUUUUGGCUUCUGCUGCCAGUUUUUGGCUAUGUUUCCGGCACUUUCAGCACUACCACAAUCCCGUCCAUCAGCGCCAAAUCGUCAGAAUACUUCUAAUGGUUCCCGUGUACGCAUUUUGCUCAACUCUGUCCUUCCGUCUAAUUCAAUAUACAGUCUACAUUGACAUUGUUCGCGACUGUUAUGAAGCGUUCGUCCUUUAUUCGUUUUAUAUUCUUCUGACAAACUACCUGGGCCCAACGCUCGAAGCGCAACAUGAGAGAAUGCAAGGCAAACCGAAAAUGAGAUAUCCGGCACCAUUGUGUUGCUUGUGGUACAACCCAAGUGGAUAUGCCUUUCUGUUGAACACCAAGUUUCUGGUGUUGCAGUACGUCGUCGUUAGGCCAGCUACCACAACGCUCGCAAUGAUCCUCAGUGCAUUCAAUCUUCUUUGCCCCACCUCCAGUUCGCCCAGUCAUGGCCAAUUUUGGAUCACCUACAUCAACCUUAUCAGCAGCACGUUGGCAAUGUACGGCCUCUUCACGUUCUAUAUUGUCGUUCAUCAUGAUAUUAAAGAGUACAAACCCUUAUGGAAGGUUAUAGCAGUCAAGUUUAUUGUCUUCUUCACAUUCUGGCAAUCUCUUCUUCUCGACGCCCUUGUAGCCAUGCACGUCAUCAAAUCUAGCACAACCUACAGUUCAGAAAACGCUACCGAUCUGAUCCAAUCGUUCCUCAUCUGCACUGAAAUGGUCAUUGCGGCCCUGCUGCACAUGAAAGCAUUCCCAUAUUCUGAGUUCACCCAAGGGACGCCGGGAAGUCGCACUCGGGUCCUACCAUCGAUGCUAGAUGCAUUGAGUCCCAUGCAUAUCCUCUAUGACAUCACUUCUGCCCCUGGGGACGUGCGUGCACAACGAAGAAGACGAAAGGCAAAGAAGAGAAACAGGAUAUUGGGACAAUUCGAUGACGCAUUCGAAGACCGUAUCAGCAUGAUCGACGUAGAGUUGGGAUCGCCGAGGACGGCCAGUGGGGGCAAGUCUCCCGGAAAGGGGCGCAUGGAUUCGCCAUUGAGCCCAUUGAAAACAGCUGUCGGGGUAAAUGAUAUAAGAGAGGAAAGCGAGGAUGAUAGCGAGUACGAGAGUGGAAGUGACGAAGGAGCAUUAGUGGGUGCACGCAGUCGGGAUUUUCAGAGCCACGAUCCUCUGUAUAUGGGCGACGUCAGUUUGGAGGACUUCCAGGGAGAUGUCAAGCGAAGUGAUCUAUGAGAG